AAACGGUGUCAUACGUUUUAAGUCUAAGAUGCCCUAGGCCGGGAGAAGGGAAAUGUAAAUGGCUUCCAAAGUAAAAGAUGCUGUGGUGUGGUACCAGAAAAAGAUUGGCGCCUAUGACCAACAGAUAUGGGAGAAAUCAGUGGAGCAGCGAGAAAUAAAGUUUAUUUCUCUGGGCUUGAGAAACAAGCCAAAGAAGACAGGACAUUCAGAACCAGACCUUAUAGAUGUGGACUUGGUUAGAGGUUCGGCGUUCGCCAAGGCCAAGCCAGAGAGUCCGUGGACGUCGCUGACCAGGAAGGGCAUCGUCCGAGUCGUAUUCUUCCCGUUCUUUUAUCGAUGGUGGAUCCAGGUCACCUCCAGGGCCAUUUUCCUCUUACUGCUGGUCCUCUAUCUGCUGCAGGCGGCAGCAGCAGUCCUGUACGUGAGCAUCCCUCAGCCUCAUGGGAUACCGACCACAGAGGUGUUUGGAGCCAUCUGGCUCAUGUUGCUGCUGGGCACCGUCCACUGUCAGAUCGUCUCCACCAGGACACCAAAACCCACCUCCAGCAGCGGGGGGAAGAGACGCAGGAAGUUGAGGAAGGCAUCUCAGAUGGAGGUGCAUAGGGAAGGUGAUGGGUCUAGCACUACCGAUAACACACAGGAGGGGGCGCCACACUCCCACUCAACCAGCACCACAUACAGCCUGGGCGCUCUCUUCCAAGAUUUCUGGCAUGAUAUCUGUAAAGCUGGAUCUAAGAAGUCCAAGCUGUCCAUCGACAAGUCGACAGAGACAGACAACGGCUACGUGUCGCUGGACGGCCGGGUGACCAAUCGCAGCAGCGAGGAGGGGCUGCAGCUCCACGAGCAGCGAUGUGAUUCGCUGAACAGGGCUGACGAGGUGUGCUGGAACUCUCACGGCCAGCCCGCACACGCUCACACACCCCACAGCACGGGACUGAUUCUGGCGAGCGGCAGUAAGGAGCCAGCAUCAGAUGAGGCGUCCAGUGAGGAGGACCCUGAAGCAUCCUACAGCACCCUCCGCAGGGGAGUUGAAAGAAUGAACAGUGACUGUACGCUCAGAAACCGCAAGAGUACACACCACUACAAGAAACACUACGCUGUUGAGGACGUCCCCAAGUCCGGCACCAGCUGCAGCUCCAGAUGUUCCAGUCUGAGGACUCAGGACUCCGAGAGCACUCGACACGAGUCGGAGACAGAGGACUUGAUGUGGGAAGACUUCCUGCACUGUGCCGAGUGCAGAUCGUCCUGCACCUCAGAAACAGAGGGAGAAGGUGGAGGGACGCCUGUCUGUCCUCCUGCUAAAAAAGAAUACAGAGACGACCCGUUCCAUCAGGGUCACGUUCCCUGGCUGCACAGCUCCAACCCCGGUCUGGAGAGAGUGAGCGCCAUAGUGUGGGAGGGAAACGACUGUAAGAAGGCAGACAUGUCCGUCCUGGAGAUCAGCGGCAUGAUCAUGAACAGAGUGAAUCUCUACACUCCCGGUAUUGGUUACCAGGUCUUUGGGAACCUGGUUUCAGUGACACUCGGCCUCACACCUUUUGCGUACAGGCUGGCUCAGUACCGCGACUUGGAUCAGCUGACCACGCUCUCAGCCAAUGAGCUGCUGUCUGUGGCGCUGGGAGGCGAGUCUGGCUCAGAUGCCUUGGUCAUCAUCAUGGUGACACUCAGCUUCCUGGUGCGCGUUUGCCUUAUAUGGCUCUUCUUCUUCCUGCUCAGCGUAGCAGAGAGGACCUACAAACAGAGGCUACUGUUUGCCAAGCUGUUUGGUCACCUGACUUCAGCCCGCAGAGCCAGGAAGUCUGAAGUCCCUCAUUUUAGACUGAAGAAAGUUCAGAACAUCAAGAUGUGGCUGUCGCUACGCUCCUACCUCAAGAGACGGGGUCCUCAGCGUUCAGUGGAUGUGAUCGUGUCGUCUGCCUUCCUGCUCACUCUGUCCGUCGUCUUCAUCUGCUGUGCCCAGUUGCUGCACGUCCAUGAAACGUUCCUGGAGUGUCAUUAUAACUGGGAACUGGUGAUCUGGUGCUCCAGUCUGUCCCUGUUCCUGCUCAGGUUCGUCACUCUGGGCUCCGAGACCAGCAAGAAGUACAGCAACACCUCCAUACUGCUCACUGAACAGAUCAACCUGUAUCUGAAGAUGGAGAAGAAGCCAAACAAGAAAGAGGAGCUGACACUGGUCAACAACGUCUUAAAACUGGCUACCAAACUACUCAAGGAGUUAGACACUCCUUUCAGGUUGUACGGUCUGACUAUGAACCCUCUGCUCUACAACAUCACCCAGGUGGUCAUCCUGUCCGCCGUGUCAGGAGUCAUAUCUGACCUAUUAGGAUUUAACCUGAAGCUGUGGAAGAUCAAAUCGUGACAAUGAACGGAGAAACGGCAUCGACCUUCACGACUGAUCGAUUUGAAACGGUCGACUGACUGAAGGACUGAACAUAUCGGAGUGCUUUGACCUUCAACGUUCCCACUUUGUGCAAUUCACAAACUAUUUAUUUACCCACUCAGUGUUUUUACUUAGGUUUUAUUUGAAUUGUAGUUUGUUUCGUUUUUGUGUUUUUAUGACACAAAGCAAUGCUACAUUUUACCUGUCUACAACAAGUGUUAGUAUUAUUGUUACGUUUAACGUGAUGGUUUAGGUUCUCAGCUGCGUUUGCGACACUUCGGUUUUCAUUCACACAUUCAGAGGCAAAGUAUUGGGAUGUGGAUGGGGCAAAAAAAAAACAUUUUUAUUGUAAUUGUAUGUUUUAUUUGCUUAAAGUUAUUAUUAUUUAUAUGUUGAGUAAGUUACAAAACUCUGUUACGAACUUUAAACCCAUUUUAAAAAUACAAACAUUAGUCCGGUGGUUUUCUUUCGAUAACAAAAGAAAUUGUUUCUAGUUUUAUUGCAAUAUAUUGUGAUCAGACUACAGUUACAAUGACGCUUCAUUAUCUCACAUCUGGCUGGUUUAUUGCAGAAAAUGAUCCACUAAAAUUAAAGAUAUGUUUUCGGUGUAACUUCCUGAUAUUUGACAAAUAAGAAUGUAAAGAUUUUUAUUGAGUUCUCACUUCCUCGUAACUCAUUCUCCUCCACUCACACCGGCUCCAGAGGAACAAUCAUACAGUUCAUUGAAAUAACAGAACGUGGAAGACACGUGACAUUUACUCAAAGUUUAGACAGAGCUGAAAGCAAUAUGGCCACAGGUUAAAGAUACAGACACACACUUGUAGAAGUCUUGUCAGGUUUUGCUGAACAAUUCUUGCAGCAAAGCAAAUUAUUUUUAAAAGUUUCAUUUAAUUUCAUCAACCCACGUCAGUGGGUGUGACAGUAUUUGCACCUACGUGUGCUCUGUAGGUGGUAACAAACGUUCAAGUACAACAUCCUCUUAAAAUGUGCAGGAAAUGAAUGAGAUUUGGUUGAAACGACUUCUGUUAGCGGAGCCUCGACAAUGUAAAGUGCAGAUUAGGACACUGGCCUAUUUCCUGCUUUGUGAAACCGACUUCCUAAAUUAAUAAACAGAAGGUCUGUUUCUGCAGAAAGCAGUAACCUCUAUAAACAAUCCCACAAUGCAACAUUUCAUGGAAGCAAAAAAUGAUGCAUGUGACUAUACAGCUGUAAAUGACAAAAGAUCCAUAUAUGUAGAAAAUAGUGACAGUGAGUGAACAUGAGUCUACAAGUGGCUUCUGUUUUUAGGAAAUACCCCUGUUGAAUGCUAAAUGUAACUUUUUUUUUUAGAGCUUUUCUGACAAAAAGUGACAUUUAAAGAAAUUUUCUAGUCAUUUCUUACCGUAAAUACCGUAUAAUUAUCGUAAUAGCAGCUAAAAGAGCUGGUUGAUUGGUCAGUUUGUCGCCACCAAGAUUACAUUUAAUUUACAUUUAAGAAGUAAAGAUUUAAGGCUUUAUGAAAUAUGAUAGUUAGUCUGUCACAGGUUUCCAAACACAGCAGUUAAACCCGGUCUGAACAUCAAUGAAGACUUGAGCACUUUAUAAACACUUUUUUUUUUUUUUUAAAUGGAAGAAAAGAAGUUACAUCUUGUUUUUUUUGUACCUCACCGGUUCAAGUUAACGUUAGCUCUGAACUCUUAGUAUAGUCCUUCAACAAUUCACUCUCUGAAGUCAAUCCUACGUGGUACGUUCACAGAAAAACAUCCUAAAUGUCACCUCAGUUAUUGAGUUAGUAUUUCCUGCUAACUGAAACUAACAUUCAUUAAAAGAAAAAAAAAUGCUAGCAUAAUCAAUCUUCAGUGUGUUUGAGGAGGAAGACCAAAGUGCUUAUUUUACUGUUUUUGUUUUUGUCUGCUGGAAAAAGAAUGUAUUUGCAGCGUUACGCUUUAAGAUCUGUUUGUUUCCCUUUGGAAAUACUUUUUUUUGCUCUUUCAUCGGUCAUUUGUAAAAAGGUUUUGUUUCACACGCUCGUUGGAAAAGGCGAGGCACGUUUUACUGUGUUUUUAAAAAAAGGAACAAAGAAGUUUGAAAUGUAUGUAUGAAAAUAAAUCUAGGUUAAAGACUCUAUGUUGUGAUUCUGUUUUCAAAGAGUCUGAAGAUUUAGAUUUCGGUUGUUUUUUUUUGUGAACUGGUCUGUCCACAAGGUCUACAUUUUUUUUUUUUAUAAGAAAAAUAAAAAUAAAUGGAUGUUGACUCA